AUGGACACUUCUCUGUACCCCGAGUUUAUCAUCUCUCGGCAUCCUGAGAUACAAGCAAAGUUACAUGAGGAGCUGGCAGCAGUUAAGGGUGAACCAACCUAUGAUGACUUCCAGGCGCGUCUGCCUUACCUCGAAGCCGUCUUGCGAGAGACACUGCGACUGUACUCUGGCCUUCCGUACAUCGAACGUGUUGUGACUGUGCCCGACAGCAUCCCUCUGGGAGAACCUGUCAAGCUCUCCAACGGCGAGGUCGUGAGCCAGAUUCCGGUCCUUCCUGGCCAGGUGGUCGUCAUCCUAUGCAUCGCGAUUCAUCGUAUGGACUCCGUGUGGGAAGAUCCCGAUGUCUUCCGACCUGAGCGCUGGCUGAAGGACCUUCCUCCGAGCGAGAAGCUCUGCUCCGGGUGGGCGAAAACCCUUGCCUUCAGUGACGGCCCUCGCAAUUGCAUUGGUUAUCGGCUUGCCAUCUUCCAGUACAAGGUCAUCCUGACCAUCAGUAAAACGUGCAAGUUCUGA